CCGCAAAAGCCCCCGUAUCAAUUCGACAAACCGAAAUCUUCUCCCAACCCGGCCAUCCUCGAGAAGCACUGCAACUUACGCCGCCGCGCCGCGAACAGCACGUACAAAAAGUUUUUGGAGAAGGGGUACAGCGCGCUACUCCAGGAUGGCGUGAUCGAGUCCUGGGCGUUUCGGCCGAAGAGGGGAUUAGAUCCGGAGGAAAAUCUGAUGGUGAAUCCGGGGAUGUGGAAAAGAGGAACGAUUGUCCAUUCCGAUGACUGCGGUGUUGGGAAUGACGAAUGUCUCGGGAUCCGGUGGCGGGUAUGGAUUGUAAAAUUGUCUGGGUCUGGAAGAUUGCAAGAUUUGUCCUGCUAGUCUGGCAUGACUCUGAACUCUGUAUUGCGUGGCCGCAAAGAGCUCCUCCUCCCUGUCAUGCAAAAACGCAGUUUGUUAUCCGGAAUACGCAACGAACUCAGAACCAUGAAAAAAAUUUGUUAUGCUGUGGAGCGCAUUACAGUGGGCUCACUACUCCCUUCCUUGCAUCACAAGUUUCCAGACCCAGGCAUUUUUGCACUCGAUAGCGGGACCAAACGAACAAUAGAUUGUUCACGGCGCCAAGGUGGGUGCGGGAGGAGCAGUUGGAUCCGAGGAGCUACGGGAAGUUAGAUUGUACCGGCGGUGCGUGUGAGGAAAUAAGGGGUGAUGAUGAGGAAGAUGACGGUAACAGUGCCACGGGUGGUGGAGAAGUAGGGCA